AUGCUGCUUGAAACAGAAAUUCCUCAAGAUGUUUGGAGCGUUUGCCUCCUGCUGGAAGACGUCUCCCUUACACGUCCUGAAGGCCGGGAGGUUUCCGCAAGGACUGUCCAGGAGCUCGCAGCCUACCAAGGGGGAUUCGUUUUACAAACGAUCUUAACCAGAGUCCUCAUGGAAGUGCAUUUGGAGCGUGAUAUGACCGAAGAGUACGUCAAAAAAGUACUGGGAGUAUACGACAUGAGCUACCAGGCCCUAGGAACUCUGACCGGAAGCAAGGUAGUGGUAGAACGCUGCUUGAACGUCCUCGCGAAAGAGGAACGGCAGAUGGCGCGAAUCAUUUACAAGAGGCUGCUUGAAAAUGCUCUGAAAGUGGCCCGCAGUUUCAAGGACGGAGUCGAAGAACAUGGACCGUUAAUCAAGCCGCUGGUUGUGGGACCUCUGGAGUGCUUGGCCAACUUUGUGAGAGGAUCCAGGAUCUUCCGGGCCGGCAUGCGAGACAUCCUUGAAGAAACUACCAUCUCAGAUUCCCUGGGGUUCUUUCUAUCUGCUGACUUCGUUGAAAAGGUGAUUCAAGAGGAUGCAACCCUGAUCCAGCACUUCCUGACCAGUCUAGCAUCUUCGCUUGCGUUCUAUCCUGACAGCCAACUGUGGGCUAUCGACAAGGGGCUUCUCGAGAUGCUAGCAGCAAUCUUUGAAAGCUCCCCGUUGCAGCAGCUUUGGCAGGGUGCGAGAAGUAGCGACUUUCCCGUUGCGAGGUGUACUGCAAUCCUACUCCUCUUGCUGGAAACAGAGGUAACGACGGAAGAGCUGCGCGCGCACAACGCGCUGACGACCUUCAGGCCCUAUAAGUGGAAGAUGGAGUUAGCGUACCCAGGUCUGGAAGCUUGGAGCUACUUCGAAACACGCUUGGAAGGUCGACCGAGAGGAGAGGACUGCAAGCAAGGAGCAUCAGAAAUUGCACUGGUCAAGCCACAAAAUCCACUGCCGGGCCGGACGAGCGACAAGUUCGAGUUUGUUGCUGAGGGUAUAGAAGGUGCGGAUCUGAACGAGAAGCUCGCCGGUUGA